GAAAUCCAGUCCGCAGUUUGCAGCUCACUCGGAGUAUCUCAAGUUUCACUCCGGCGCGUGCUCUGUCCAUUCUGCUUUGUGUUGUCAGGCAGAAAGACAUACCAGGCAGGGUGGCGCGUGUCCUGAAACAGGCACACCAACAACGACCAGAAUCAAACAAUAGAUAGUCUUUUUUGUUGUCUGUUUUGGAGUAGUUAGGUAUUAUUUAUAAUUUGUGCUACAAUGUCGGUGGGUCUGGAGUCUGGAUUCUCGAGUGAGGAGGUCUUAAACAGCCGCUUCCCUCUUCACCGGGCAUGCAGGGAUGGAGAUGUCGGUGCCUUGUGCUCCCUCCUUCAGUGCACCUCAAACCCGGCUGACCUCGCGGUGGAGGACACCUUCUACGGCUGGACGCCUAUACACUGGGCCGCUCAUUUCGGAAAGCUGGAGUGUGUGACACGUCUGGUUCAGGUGGGCUGUGGUGUGAAUGCGGUGACCUCCAGGUUUGCACAGACGCCCACUCACAUUGCUGCCUUUGGGGGCCACCCUGAGUGUUUGUUAUGGCUACUCCAAGCUGGUGCAGAUAUUAACAGACAGGACUAUGUGGGCGAGUCGCCCAUCCACAAGGCUGCUCGUGCAGGCAGUCUGGAGUGUAUCAACACACUCUUGAUUCAUGGAGCGAAAGCUGAUAUGAGGAAUGCCAAUGGGCUGACUGCUGCUGACCUGGCCCACGCCCAGGGAUUCCAGGAGUGCGCUGAGAUUCUCUCCAAUGCCCAGAACUUCCAACAAAACCUGGCUCAGUCCCAUAACGGGGCUUUUCUGAAUGGCACCACCCAGAAUGUGAGCCACGCUCGCCCCAUUAUCCAGGGACGCAGCUUCUUGAAUGGCGUGCCCAACAGAAAGAGGUCGUUCGAUGGCAUGGAAGCAAACCCAGGGAAGAAGGCUAGACCUAACGGUCUGGGCAUGCCACCAGAAUUGCUGAAUGGGAAUGGGCCACUGGGUGGCGCUGGAGAGACCCAGAUGGAAAGCAUGAACAUGGAGUUGGCAGCGACUGUAACCUCAGUGGCAGGUGAGAGACACUGUGAGGAUUUUUUCUCAAAUGGUCAAAAUCAACCACAGCUUCCAUUUGGGUGUGAUCCAGCAGCAGAAAUCAUCCAUGGCCAACUCGUCUACAGUGACUCUUCUGAGAACGGCACUGCAGGCAGCCAGGUGGAGCACCAGAAGUCUGUGAAAGCAGAGCAGUUGUAUGACCAUGCCUUCUUCACCACCAUGCUUCUUUACCAUGGAUCCUAAAGUACAAAAGAUCUAGUUGACAGGCUGUCCUUUUUUUGCUUGAAUGUCAUAUAAACUUAAACAUUUAUUUGCCUUAAAGCCAUUGAGUGGUGCAGUUCAUUGAAUGUUUUUUUUGAAAGGGCAGGCCCAUUGUUGGAUGGACUGAAAUGUGUUACUGCUUGAUUGUUGAUUAAGAAGUGGAUUUUUUUGUUUGUGUUGUUAAAGAGAAAGUGUUUGUUAGUUUAUUAUAAAGUUUAAUUCAGCUGUAAAUAGCCUUGUUCUGAUAUACAUUAAACUAAUCAUCUGUAUUGAACCACUGCCAAUACUUACAUUUUGUUUCUGUCUCAACUGGAUGUGGGGCAUCCCUACCUGUUGAUGUUAAUAAAAACAACAAUCCAAGUACAUCCCAUGUUACUCAAAAAUAAUAAUAAAUUUCUUUUUGCAAAAGUUAAA